AUGAUACGGCAAUGUGUUAAAACCAUCCCUAGGUGGCAGCCUGCCUUUGUCCACACGCAGCGGCACUGGAAAGUAGAUGCCAAGCGGCCAUACAAGCGCCGGUCUUCUAAUCCCCAGACAGUGCGAGAGAAGGGGAAUUUCCACCGAGACAUGCGGUUUUCUAAGCUACGACCCCUUCCAACCGUCCCGUGGUUGCAGGACCGGAGGCGGACGUACAUGGAUGAUGCCGAGCGACUAUAUGGCCGAAAGGAGAAUUGGCAAAAUAUUAAGGAUAGGGCGAUGCGGGAAAAGUUGUCCUCUUUGCUUCAAGACUAUCUUAAAGAUACCACUGGGGCUGCCAUGCUUGAAACCCGCAACGCCAGAAAGUAUAUGCGUCUCUGUGAACAGAUGGAUGCAGAGUAUCGUUCGUUUGUUGCUGCUGCAGCAUUUUCCUCACCCAAACAUCUGCGAACUCACAUCAUGACCGCUUUGAAGGAGUCAGAUAAAGGGAGCAAAAAAUCCAGAUGGUGCCAAGAGACAGUGUGCUCCGAGCGCGCGGCGACGCUUCAUGAAGAAGAUAGGCACACCGGCGAAUGUGGGGAGCGUUGCGGGGUUAAUGUCGCGUCACAGGAAGAUGCCGCCCAGAAACGGCGUCUCCAGGGUGAGUGGGCAAAUCUGGAAAACACACCGGCGAUGAUGGACUUGACACACAAAGAGGAACGAACCUCUUCGUACUCUGCGUUCCCGUUUCUGCGGCAGCGCGCCCUGGAAAAUAAGGAAACACUUGACCCUUCUCUCGUGGACUGGACCGCAAAAUAUUUUCCCGACGAUGACGAUCGCACAUUUACGACUCCUCCGAAACUGCGAGGUGACACGGGGGAAGGGGAUAGCGAAGAAGUCCCGUCUCCAGAAAUUUUGAAUGUUCGAAAGUCGGUCGGCGGUUCUGAUUCUUUGUUUCCCAAACCAAACGUUUACCGCCGACUUCGGCGGUCACUCCGGGUCCAUGAGGAUGUGAACCGCUCUACUUUUGAUGCUGAAGGUGCCUUCUAUUGUGUUCGAAGGCAAGGAAGUGAGGAGGACAGGGCGCCUAAACCGUGUCCUGUCCGUGGUUCGGGUGCCCAUGGUGACAGGAACAACGAGGUAAUCAAGGUUGCGUGGGACACGGUGGCCAGAGCAAAGGAGAUGGGAUAUUCAGCCGAUGUCCUGCGUGCCAAGGAGAGGCUAAUACGUCUAACGAGGGGCGAACAUCCUGAUACUAUCCCGUGA